UACUACUGGUACAAGAAGACCAAGGAGGAGUGCGAGGCGGCUGGCCCCUGCGCCAUGGGCGGCUACACACGCCUGCUGCACAGCGGCAAGGCGGAUGAGUUCAUGGAUGAGAUACCCACGGCGGUAGUGGACCCGCUGCCAGCAGAGUACCAGCACAUUGCGGCGGGGUAUGUGGUGCUGGACCGGCCCUACGCCUUCAAGCAGUGGGUGGACAAGUACCUAGAUAAGAUACCGGAGAACUACAUCUGGAUGGGCGAGCCAGACCACGUGUUCAUCCGCCCGCCGCCGCUGUGGGCCACGCCCGAGCGCCCUGCCGCCUUCCCCUUUUUUUACAUCGAGCCUGUGCGCUUCAAGAACAUCAUCGACCGCUUCAACCCCAAGGGCGUGCCCAUCACCGAAUUUGACACCAUCGGCAACUCGCCGGUGCAGAUAUACAAGAAGACGUUUGGGGCGCUGGCGGACAGCUGGUUCAGGCUGGCCAUCCAGAUAAAGAACGACACCGAGGCAGACCGAGAGUUCGGAUGGGUGCAGGAGAUGUACGCGUACAGCAUCGCGGCCGCCACCACCCUGGACAAGCCGGUGCGCCACCAGCUGCACGUGGAGAUGCAGCUGCAGCCGCCCUGGGACACCAAGCUGACCUCGGAGGACGCCUACAUGAUUCACUUUACCUACGGCGACGACUUUAAUGAGAAGGGGGAGUUCACCCCCGGCAAGGUCGGCUUCUGGCACUGGGACAAGCGGGACUGGACGAACAAGUACCCGCCCCGCAACUUCCCCAUGCCCCCAGAGGGCUGCACCAAUGUGGCGGUGAAGGAGCUGGUGCGGCGGGUAAACGAGGCGGCAGACAAACUGCCCCGCUGGGCCGAGUUUGAGACCAAGCUGUUUGCGCCGGCGGCGGCAGCCCAGGCGGGCACGCAGCAGCAGCGGCGGCGGCGACUGCAGCGCCAGGCAGUGCCGGGAUCGCGGCCGCAGCCGGGGCGCCGCGCCGCGGCGGCGCUGCCGGCAGCGGCAGCGGUCGGCGCUGGGCCGUAG